CCCACUGAGCCACCCAGGCGCCCCAUCCUUAUUUGUAAAAUGAAGGGUUUAAAGUCCACUAUGACACCACCUUAGUUACUGUGAGUCUAUGACCUUACUAUUCUGAGAAGGAAUCACUUGUGCAUGGGCUUCCUAGCCCUUAACCAUAAAAGGUUUUCUAGGCUUAGCCACUGGGGCUCUUUUCCCUUCUUUUGAUUCCAGGAUGUACCUGACUUACAUGUGCAUGGUAUUUUUAUUUAAAAAAAGUCAUGUAGGGUGAAGGUAUAGAGAUCAUGACAAGAUAGUGCUAGUAGUUAGAAAAGAAGGGCAAGUGAAGAGAUUGUAUCUGAGAAGACACUUCCUUAUCCUGAGUUUCCUGUUUUGGUCUAUAGGUAAGGAGAUAUAUUGUCUGCAAGUAGAAAACUCCUGUUCGCUGAGAAAGACUCAGAUCAAUGUCUUAUCAAGUGGAAAAAUGAUUCAUUCCUUUUGAGGGACAGAAUCUCUAAGCAACCAUGAAAAAUGUCAGUAUGAUUACUGAGUUUGUCCUCCUGGGAUUAUCCAGUGACCCCCAGAUCCAGACCAUGCUCUUCGUGCUGUUCCUGGGGAUUUACCUCCUGACCCUGGUGGGGAAUCUGGUGAUGAUCCUGGUGAUCAGGGUUGAUCCCCGCCUCCACACACCCAUGUACUUCUUCCUUGGACACCUAUCCUUCCUGGAUCUCAGUUUCUCCUCAGUCACUGUGCCCAAGAUGCUACAGAACUUCUUAACUCAGAAUAAAAGCAUCUCAAUGUGGGGAUGCAUCACUCAGAGCUUCUUUUUCACUCUCUCUGGGGGGACAGAAGCUUGUCUGCUCUCUGCCAUGGCCUAUGACCGCUAUGCUGCUAUCUGCCACCCUCUGGUCUACACCAUGGUCAUAAACAGACCUCUCUGUAUUGUGAUUGUGAGCAUAUCGUGGGCAGUGGGAUUUCUGAUUUCCUUGCUGAAUAGUCUCUUCAUCCACAAGUUGUAUUUCUGCGGGUCCAACAUCAUCCUCCACUUUAGCUGUGAGCUACCUCCUCUCUUUCCUCUGUCCUGUACCGAUCCCAUUGUCAAUGAGAUUCUUCUUGCAGUGUCCUGUGCAUUUCUAGGGCUGCUGACACUUCCCCUGAUCCUCUUCUCUUACUCCAGAGUAAUUUGUGCCAUUCUGAACAUCCGCUCCUCUGAGGGCCAAGCCAAAGCCUUCUCCACCUGCUCCUCCCACCUCACCGUGGUGCUCUUGUUCUAUGGGACAGCUCUAUUCAGGUACAUCAGCCCUGCUUCAGGCUCAGUGUUGGAGCGUGUGGUCUCCAUUCAGUACAGUGUGAUCACAUCCUUGCUGAACCCCCUCAUCUACAGCCUCAAGAACCAGGAGGUGAAGGCUGCUCUGCAGAGGAUGCUGAAGCAACAAAAGUGUGCCUCAUGGUACAAUAAAAGCUGCGUGAUUCUGCUCAGGAAAUAGAAAAAAAUUAUCUCUAAAGAGGAAAGAUUUUUAUGGGCAUAGAGCACUUGGGGAAAUUUCAUUUCAAUUAAGUUCAAGUAUUUGGGGGUGCCAAGGCGGCUCGGUUGGUUGAGGGUCUGACUCUUGAUUUCAGCUCAGGUCGUGAUCUCAUGGUUCAUGAGAUGGAGCCCCACAUCAGGCUCCAU